AUGGAAUAUACUGAUGAAGAUGCUGAGACUCAAAUUGAGACUGAAGAUGGAGAAGCUUGGGUUGCGACUCAUAGUGCAACAACAAACAUUGAUGAAAUUUCUCAACAAAUUGAAGGUGAAGAGGACGAGGUCACUAAAAGAAUGAGCAAGUCUACAUUAUCACCAUCAAACAAUACCAGAAAUUCAUCAUAUGAAGAUAGCCCAAGUGAUAAAAUUCUUCAGGUUCGAACAUAUGAUUUAUUCAUCACCUAUGAUAAAUAUUAUCAGACACCACGAAUGUGGUUAUUUGGAUACGACGAGGAACGUCGACAUUUGACAUCAGCACAAAUAUUUGAAGAUAUUUCACAAGAUUAUGCAAAGAAAACA